GCCCGGCUCGCUGCCCUUCCGGCCCGCGGGCUCCGCUCGGCUCUUCGCGGCGGAGCUCGGCCUUCGGCUGUUUCCGGAGCUCCUGGCGGCGAGCAGCAGAGGCGCUGCGGGCGCUGGCUGCAGAUGUCGGACCCGCGGGCGGCUGAGGGGCCGGGCGUCUGGAGCCCCGCAGCCCGCCGAGGGCCGGCGCGCGGCCUCGGGGACGGCCCGGGAGUGGAGGGGAGCCAGGCGGCUGCCUCAGAGGAUGAAGAUCUAGAAAACACCAAGGUCACCUCUCUAGCAGCUUCUGCCUCUGAUCCAGAGCCCCAUUCCUCAUCCUACAGGUCACAGAUGGUGUCUCCAGUGACGGAGGAUGCCACAGAAGAUAAGCAGAAGGCCGCCAGUGCCGGGGAGGCCCAGGCCUCGGUGGAACAGGAAUUGCUUUCUGCAGACCAGACCCAGACCCUCAGCAAGAUGGCCAGGUACCACGGCCCACAGAGGUCUGGGGACAUUGUGAUGAUCCAGUCUGAGCACACAGGAGCUGUUGGUAUUCUGUCAGCCGAUUUGGAAUCUGCAGACCUGCUGGGGGACCACAGGAGAGUCUCCCCGCCUCUCAUGGCUCCUCCGUGCAUCUGGACCUUUGCCAAGGUGAAGGAAUUCAAGAGCAAGCUGGGCAAGGAGAAGAACAGCCGGCUGGUGGUGAAGCGGGGGGAGGUGGUGACCAUCCGGGUGCCGACCCACCCCGAGGGGAAACGUGUCUGCUGGGAGUUUGCGACCGAUGACUAUGACAUUGGCUUUGGAGUUUACUUUGACUGGACCCCGGUAACCAGCACCGACAUAACGGUGCAAGUCAGUGAUUCCAGUGAGGAUGAGGACGAAGACGAGGAAGAAGACGAGGAGCUCGAAGACCCCGUCCCAGCUGGAGACGUGGAGCGAGGCUCCAGGAGCUCCCUGCGGGGCCGCUACGGGGAGGUCAUGCCCGUGUACCGCCGGGACAGCCACCGAGACGUGCAGGCUGGCAGCCACGACUACCCCGGCGAGGGCAUCUACCUCCUGAAGUUCGACAACUCGUACUCCCUGCUGCGCAACAAGACUCUCUACUUCCACGUCUACUACACGAGCUGAAGGCCCGCUGGGGCGGGACACAGGCGGCGCGUGUGCUGGCUGGAGCAGGCUGCCAGCUGGGGCCCCUUGUCCUGGAUAGGCAAGGGCUCCGAGCUGAGCGUGGGGCGCCCGAGCCUCCCGCCCUGCUGGCGGGCCCGACUGUUGGCCCAUCCGUGUAGCUUUGCCCCGUCCUUGGCUUCCGCAGAUGGUGGCGUGGCACCCCUGCUCUGUGGUUCCUGACUCACGCUCUCGUUGCUUCCGACUCCGGCAAAAUCUCUCUGUGGAGGACACCCACCAGGCCAAAAGCCUAAGAGGAAGUUGGGUGUUGGCUUUUCAAAAUAGGUUUGUUUUGGUUCCAGGUGUAUGCUUUCAACUGCUGCGCUCUCCUCUUGCAGAGCCUUCACGCAGGUGGGUUUAGUGGCCACCUGCUGUCUUCACUUUUCAAAAGGACUGAAAGAGGGAAGAGCACUCUGUCCGUGAAGGAGCCCAGUAUCAGGGACGCGGAAGGCUCUGACCAGGCUCUCACCACUGCCGUGUUUCCGCCUGCUGGUUCUUCCCGUUCUCUAGCACAGGCUGGGAGCCCUCACUGCCUCUGGAGGGCUGGGGAUUUCACCCUGCCUCUCCUUCUCUCCUUUCCCUUUUCAAGAACUUCCAUGCAGUCCAAAGUGAUGAUCCCUGUAGUCUAAGCUAUUCUGGGAAGAAAAACUGCCUCCAUCACUUCCUAUUUCAAGAGGUGGUGUCCCUUUCCAAGGGCCCUGGGGGUGGGAGGGGGAAGGGUGGAAAUUAGGUACUGGAUUGAUCUCAGAUGCCACAUCUCCAGAAGUCAAGUGUUACUAAAUCAUUUUUGUGUAUAAUCAAAGAAGGAGGGGUAGAUAAUCUGAGAGAAGAGGUUAAAAAACAAAACAACACUCUAGAUUUCCCACCGCUUUUUUUUUUUUUUUUUUUUUAGUCUUUAGAAAAGGGGUGAUAUUUAGAAAUUUUGCUUUGGGGCCAAUCAGAUUUCCUAAGUUUCUAGAUGUCUAGGUUGCUUGCAUUCAGGGCUACAGGCUUUUGGUGUUCGAAGUCUCGAAGGGGAGGUGGUCAGGAAGCUUCACUGCUGCUGCUGGUCGGCUUUGUUAUUUUACCAGGCUGAAGCUUGUGCGUUCCCUGGGGACGGCCUUUUGCACACCAUGAAGCGGGUGUGCCGCAGGGAGCUGCCUCCAGUGUCCCCAGAGGAACGUGGUGGCUGGGCCCCCCCUCUUGGCCGAGGAGGAGGCAGAGAAGGGACCACUGCAACCGUGUACCUCCUCCUCUUAUUCCUUGCGUCAAGCCUGUUACUACUGCCUUAGAAUUCCGAGGAAGAAUUAGAUUUAUUUAUUACUUUUAUUUAUUGUUAAAGCCACAUUUCACUUCGCCUUUGAAACAGUUCCCGUCUGUUUCUCAGGAGGCUUCCACCUGCUUUGAGCCACCGAGGCCCCCUCUCCUGUGGAGUCUAACUAAAUGGAGAUUUCAGGUGAAGUCGGGGAGGGCUGAUGUUCCACUCCUGUGGGGUCAGUCCCAGUGAGGCUCUGGGAGGGGUCUGCCCCUCCUGAGAUGGAUGAAUGAUGCCCCCGUGACCCCAGCCUGCUACCCCCAGCACUCCCUGUGAGGAUCUCUAGGUUGUGAGGAAAUCUGCCCAUUUGUCCAGGUUUGAGUGAGUGGUAGAGGACUUGACCAGCCAACCAGAGGCAUCCCAUGAUGCCAGGACUGCCAAGCCCUCCGCCUGGUCUGAGGAGUCAGCUGCGUCACGAUGCUUCCUUUGGCUCCUUCCUUCCCUGUGUGGGAGCCUCACCCCAUGCCUCCCCUCUGCACAGAAGCAGAAACUCAGUGACCAGGGCUCCUCACGACAGGUCCGUGGCGGCACCUCCGUCACGAACAAAGGGCGCUAGAGCCGCACCUGUUCCUCCGGGAGCACCGCCCCAGGUGGGAGAGGAUGCCAGGGCCCGCUGUAGCAUCCCUCCUCCUCCAAGCGGCCUCAUACCUCCACUACUUUACAUCUGAGUGCAUUCUGUAGAGGAUUAUACACUGGCCCAAAUUUCCGUGUCCUGUAAGAAGUUAGGAACUAUUCUAGCAACUGCCUAUUGAGGCGCGGAAAGCAAACUCGCUGUGCGGUCAUCCCAUCAGGUAGCCGUGUGAUCAUCACUGAAAUUAAAUCAUGCCUUAGCUAAUUGAAUAGAAUCUUUAUAAAAUUAUUUUCUACUGAGCUCUUCUGCAGUCAGCUAAAGCCUGGCUUCUUUUUCCUGUUUAUUGUUAACUUCUGACUUUCUCUUAAGAUGGAGCUGUCGGGUCAUUGGAGGCUCCCUGGGAUGACACUUUCUGUUGUUGAUUUUUGCCACGAGAGUCUCUGUAUACUUGUUUUCUUUAGAAUCCUAGUUCUGUUGCAUCAGGGAAGCCUGAGGGACUCGUUCCCAUCGCCUCAGUGUGCCUCUUAUCGUCUGCUCACUUUUGAAGUCCUGAACGUUGUUAUAUUUCAUUCUGUACCAAUGUCUCGUUAACAGUCAGUGCUUCUUUGAUCCAUUCACACACACACACACAUAAAUAGCUAAAAGAAGAUAUUUUCACCAUCUAAUGAAUUUACUAUCCCAUAUUAAGUCAUCUGAAAUUACUGAACUUUGGGGACAAAAUAUUACCUAUAAACCACAUGUAAUUACUGAGAAUUUCAUGGUUCAGCAAAUCCUAAGAAGUAGUCACUUCCUUAGUCUCUCUGUCUCAGUUUACAGAACCAAACAAUGAAGUGAAAAUCACUUGCUUUCACCUUCACCCUGUUCUUUAGAGCAUACAUAUUAACAUACAGUGGAAAGAAAGUACUUCACAGUAGGAGAGACUGGAAGUCUCUCCACAAGGUGGCCAAGUUCUUGUUUCUUUGGUUUAUUUAGUUUUGCUACUUUGUUGAGAGAUGGGGCAUUUAGAAAGUUUAGGGUGUUAAUUUUUCUCAACAUUUUAUU